AGCAUGCCCUAGUGAGAUAUUUCAAAGAAAUGUCACCAUCAAAUUCGAAUUUUAAAUAUUGUUCAUAAUUAUAGAUUUAAAAAUAUAUUUUAUUCGUUUAUGAUAUUCACUUUUCAUAUAUUUUAGAAAAGAUUUUAUAGAACUUUGAGGUCGAAAUGUUUAAAUGCCAAAAGGUUCCGGCAGAAAGACACAAAGCUGCGCUUUUACAUUCCUUAAUAUUUUCAUAGCGCUUGAAAUUGUGCUCGGUAUCACUGCGAUUGCUCUGAACGAAUAUUUCAAACAUACAAUAUCGAAGCAUGUUGGACAUAGCGAGGGUAGUGAAAUAAGGACAUUGCUCUUCUUUAUGGAAGUUUACGGGUUGCAUCUAAUUGUUUUCUAUGGAUGUGGAUUUUUGAUUGUAACGAAAUUCAGAAGGGAACCAUACACAGCGCAUUUGCUCACUUUGUUAAAAAUUUGGCACAUCUUCAUAUUUGUCCUUUCCGUCGAUGGAUUUCUGACUACUUGGGUGCUCUUUAAUUCUGUUCAGCCAUUGAUGUGUGCCGUGGAAUUAUCCUUGCGUCGAGGUAUUGAAGUUUACUACUCGAACCCGGAAUGGCGGAUAAUCUGGGAUGAUAUGCAGUACCAUCAGCAAUGCUGUGGGGUGGAGAGCUAUAAGGAUUGGCAAACAACAUCUUGGAUUGAAUAUGAAUACGAGGACAAUAUGGCAAUGUACCAGGAGGAACCAACUGAAACUAAACUCCUGUCCUUGACACCGUACAGUUGCUGCAAGAAAAAUAUAGGUUGUCUGGAAAACUACAUCCCUCAAGCUUCUGAAGAACGUAUGUCUAUGGAUUUGCCGACGUUGAAUUUGACUGGCAUUAAUCAGACAGGAUGCAUGUUUAUGAUCCAAAAUGAGUAUUACUUAGCGCUUUAUGCAGAGCUUAUAAUUGCGAUCCUUGUCUUCAUCCUUCAAGUGCUAAUUCUGCUGGUAAUGAGAAUUAUAUUUCUGCGAAGUGAUUUUUGUUUUCCCCUGCAAAAGGUCAAUUCUGAGUGCCAGACGACAUUUAUUGUGACCUGUCCUCCGAAAGACUUGCCGGAGAGUGGAUAUUGCCCAGUACCAAUAAUAUGCCCUGAAGAAGAUGAUGAGCCUUGUCCCAGAAAAACUGGAGGGGCUAACGCUCGAAGAUCUCCAUGUUGUUGCAGAGAAGAUGAGUGCGCCCCGUUACUCAUACAUUGAAGUAGAACAUCAGAAGUCAAGCAAUGUUGCUUUUUAAGGUAGUUUUAUUCUCGGAUAUAUGUAUAUAUUCAUCGAUGUUUUGAAUUUGAGUCCGACUUUAUUAAAAUAACUCAAUACCGUAA